AGACUGAUAAACCCACUUGCUCUGUGACCUACUUGAAUCACAUAAAGGUGGAUGUUCGACUGAUAUUUUACAAUCCGCAAUACAUAGCCUACACAGCAAUACGAUGGAGAAGGUAAUACUAUUGAUGGCUGUGUUCACAACAUGUUGCUCAAUCCCUCAAGAUCUCUCAGGCAAAAUGCUCACUUUUCCUAAAGAAACCGACACAGAUCAUGUAAAAUUAAUGACACCAAAGACCAGAUUCCAGGCAGUUACAGCCUGCGUCAGAUCCUUCACAGAUAUCACUCGGGACUAUGCGAUCUUCUCACUGGCUACUCGCACCCGUAUAAAUGCCUUUGGGAUUUUCAAACUUGAAGCAACUUCAAUCAGGAUGCUGGUUCAGGAUGCCGUGGCUGAUUUCCCCGAGCUGUCUAUACCAUUGAACAAGUGGGUCUCCAUCUGUGGCACAUGGUCUUCUGAGACUGGGCUGACUCAAGUGUGGCUCGAUGGCCAGCCUAGCUCUAGAAGGUUUAUACAUCAAGGAGAACCCCUCAAUGAAGCGCCAAUCACUAUCCUGGGUCAGGAACAGGACUCCUAUGGUGGCGGGUUUGACUUGAAACAAUCAUUUGUGGGGAUGAUGCAGGAUGUCCACAUGUGGGACUCUGUCCUCUCCCCAUGUGAAUUAAGGCGCUAUGCCAGUAACCGCAAUUUUACCCCAGGAAAUGUGUUGAAUUGGAGGGCAAUGGAAUUCCAGAAAAUUGGAAAGGUGCAAGAGGAAGACAACCAAGAUCAGUGCACAGCAUAAUGAAACAUAACUGCCUAUUACAUGGGGUAACACUGAAGAUAAAAAAUUAAAUGGGAUAAAAGACUUUAAACAAGA